CUCUCUCUCUCUCUCUCUCUCUCUCUCACUCACUCUCUCUCUGUUUACUUUGUCAGCGCUCAGCUCUUGUCAUCAGCACCAAUGUGAUUUUACUUUCAUUGGCGUGUAAUCUCAAAUGUUCCAGAUUAAAGAAAACCCUGCAGUGCCCCCUAAUUUCCUCAUCCCCACCUUCUUCCAUCCCUCCCUCUCUCCGUACCAUUUCCCUCUACAACUCUCUCUUUCUCCCUUCCUUCAUCGCCUGAAUGCUUAUUUGAAUGAGUUGCUGGUGUUCCUACAUAGUAGAUGGUAUGUUUUUUUGAAGAAACUUCACCUAAAGGGACAAAGUGAGGCAGAAAACAGCAUGGCGAGACGCUGAGAAGUAAUAAAGAGAAAAUGGACAACAAAUCUAACAAAUGAGAAAAGAGGUUAAAACAGUUGAGAUAAGUGGAAAGCUUCUCCCAUCAUCUGAUCUAUUGAAUUGCAAAGGAGGUGUAAUAUCUGAGCACAGGAAGUAACAGUGAGUUAAGGAGAACAAAGUGGGAGCAAAAGGGGGAUCGAGAGAGUGUGAAAGCAAGUGAAGGCAAGGAGAGCUAGAGCAAAAACAAGGAAUGGGAACCAAGCCAUCCAAAAGAGAUAAUAUAAAGGGUGUUGUGUCCAUGGACUCCGGCACAGCGGCAAUGCUUGGAGUUCUGCAGAGUACAAGGGGCAGAAACGUUGAAGAUGAGGAGUCAGGGAAUGAGCAAGAGUAUGACGAGCCUCUAUAUGCUCUGGUCCAGAACUGUACCGUGCUGCAUAACAUCGUAGGUCCUGCCUGCAUCUUUCUCCGACAGAGCUUUGCACAGGCCCAGCUUCCCAACACUAUCUCCUCCCUCCUGAUGAACCUUAGAUUGAAGACUUGUCUACUGGCAAGCACCUUGUUUCUUGACAGAAAUCUGAGGCCAGAAGAAAUUGAAGAGCUAAAGGAAGCCUUCAAGGAGUUUGACAGGGAUAAGGACGGCUUCAUCGGCUGUAAAGAUCUGGGCGAGUGCAUGAGGACAAUGGGCUACAUGCCAACAGAGAUGGAGCUGAUUGAGCUGAGUCAGCAGAUCUGCGGAGGCAGAGUUGACUUUGAUGACUUUGUGGAGCUGAUGGGGCCUAAAAUGUUGGCCGAGACAGCAGAUAUGAUUGGAGUCAAGGAACUGAGAGAUGCUUUUAGAGAGUUUGACUCUAAUGGUGAUGGUCAGAUUAGUCUGGUGGAGUUGAGAGAGGCCAUGAAGAAACUCAUGGGUCAGCAGCUGAACCAAAGAGAAAUUGAUGAGAUCCUCAGAGACGUGGACCUUAAUGGAGAUGGCUUAGUCGAUUUUGAGGGUAAGAGACAGAGCAAAGAAAAAUUUAACAGCUUGUGAAAAGCAUCUAUCACAAACGUUUUUGCAUCUUAAUCACGAUAUGAUUGUUCUGUUAAUGGGAUAUUGGGGAGAAUUUAUUUCCAGGGAACUUGUGUUUUAUUUCCAAAAAUUCCUUGAUAGAUAGAUAGAUAGAUAGAUAGAUAGAUAGAUAGAUAGAUAGAUAGAUAGAUAGAUAGAUAGAUAGAUAGAUAGAUAGAUAGAUAGAUAAGCAAGAUCUGGGGUUGUAUUAAACCUUUGAGGUCAUCUAUAAUCAGUAAAAAAAAAAGUGUUUAAUCACCACUUUGGGUGAAAUACCGAAUAUAGUAAAUACUGAGACCUUGGAAUUAUAUGGUCAUCUCUAAAAAAUUAUUUCAUUUCAAGAUGUAUAGCCAGUUCUGAGCCUCAAAAAAAAAUUUUCUCUGCUUUUUAUUGAUUUCCAGAGUCAACCUAAUUGUCAAAUAUUUGAAAUUUUUUAUGAUUUGUUUUAUCAAAAACAUUUUUAUUUAAAUCCUUUCAAUGUGCUUAACCUUACUGAUAUUUUUCUCUGCAGAGUUUGUGCGUAUGAUGUCUCGCUAAACCCACAAGUAAACACGAAAGACCAAUAAAUCUGUUCAGUUCUGCUAUGAAGAGAGAGAAAGAGAUAAUACCUGUCAAGCAAAAAACAACCCAAUGUAGCAUAUUUUUCUUUUCUGUUUUUGUUUAAUGAUUGAUGUAACGAACCUGAACUAUUCCAAGUAAACUCAUCUCAUUUAA